AUGGCCGGGGCGCUCGAGGUUGACCUGGAACUGGGUGUGCAUCCUUCCCCCGAGCAGUCGGCCGUUCAGCUGUUGCAAGCGCUAAAAAAGCGCAGGCGUUUGAGAAAGAGGAGACACCCGAAGAUCGCAGAUGCAGCGAUUCCGUCGGGAGACUCAACGUUGCCAUCACCAUCGCCUCUAGAGGAGCUGUUGCAAGCGCUAAAAAAGCGCAGGCGUUUGAGAAAGAGGAGACACCCGAAGAUCGCAGAUGCAGCGAUUCCGUCGGGAGACUCAACGUUGCCAUCACCAUCGCCUCUAGAGGAGCUGGAACUGGCAUUGAGGAUGAUAAAGGAAGUAUCUGAUAGGAUUCCGUCGGAAGACUUAACCUUGCCAUCACCAUCGCCACAGGUUUCGCCGAAAUUUCUGCCCACUACAGAACAAGCACACUCCCCUCACCUGAGCAGGGAGAAUAGGGAGUCUGGCAGACAUGAGAAGACACAAGAGGACGCCACUUGGUCCCUGCGCCAUGGAAAGUUCCUUGUAGAUGGAGCCGUCAAACACUUUGUGUACGUUCCUCCCAGUACUGCUCAUGACCUCGCUGGAAGGUCUCCUGAGAUUUUCGGUGCAAUCCUCAGGCAUUGGAAUUUGCCGAAGCCCCAUUUGCUGAUCAAGUUUUCAACUGGUUUUGCCCACCCGAGACGUUUCAUGGAUGAAAAUGAGCUGAUCAAGAUGGAGAACGAUGGUGGAUCCUCCGAAGUCUACAAAUAUUAUUUGCACUUUAGGGAAUUUGCCGCCGCUCAAUCCUCUCGCAACGUUCCUGCUGACUAUCCUUCUGGAGACCUGCCUACAAUUGAAGAGAAUGAACAAGUAAGGCAGAAGAAGGUGGCUCAUGAGGCACUGAAGCUGCUGAAUGACUUCUUGUACAGAUCCGUCAGCAACCUCCUCGACAUUAUCGUGCGAGCUUGCGUGAGAAAUCGUUGUUGGAUUCUAGUGGAGGGAGUAUCCGCUGGUGGUCAACUGCUGCUGCAGCAGGUGGCCGAGCGCUGCGACGAGCAACCAGUUAUCCUGGUUGUGGACUGCUUCAAUAAGAGUCGCUACGGGUAUAAAUCAGUCUGUGAUUUUAUACAAAGCGACUUGGAGUUGCGUGAAGAGUUUGGCGCCGACACCUUGGGGGAGCUGGUGAAAGGCCGAGAGGACGUCGACCUUCGCACGAGUGUUGUUGAAAUUGCAGCACGACUGGCAAGCAGGGCGACGCCGGAUUCCGACUCUCAACAUGAGCAGACACGAGUGAAAGCUGCUAUAAUGACAGCGCGAAUGCUCGAACAUGCCAAGCCGCUCAAUCAGCCAAUCACUAAGCCGCUCAAGCUGGAUGAUCGCUUUUGGGACAAGCACCUCGAGGAGAAGGGCUGGACCUGUAAGUCACAUAGGGAGCCCGAUGUUCGCAAGAUUCCGUUUUAUCACUGGCAUUUUCGUGGAGGUACGCACUACAUCUUCAGCAUGGAGCCCACUGACGUCCUGAACCUGCAUUGCCUUGCGCCAAGUGGCUGCAUUUUCCUGGGAGGUGGGAUGAACAGCAAGCAGGAGCUAAUGGCCAGGCUUGCCAAUGGCUAUCCAGUUAUUUGUGUGAAUCACACAGGACGAAUCACCCAAGAUUUCGCCCGAUGUCAUGAGUUGAUUUGCUCGCAGCUUUAUGAAGCAUCCAGGACACCCAAAGGUAAAGGUAAGCCCCAGCUCUCGAGGUCAGUCGAGGGGCUCAGCGAAGAAGCGGAUGAUCAGCAUACGACCCAGCCAGUUGACUACUUCCUGGACAAAGUCGGCCGUAGCAGCUUGUUCGAGUCUCUAAUGCAGAAACGAAAUCGCGGCAUGGAAUUGCGCGCAGAGGUGGUUGCUAGAAUGGUGUCAUCAAUGGGAAGUUGCGAUUUCUCUCCGCCGGAGAUAUGUGAGCUUUUUCUGACCUACGUUCGCAGGGGCCUACAAAUCAUGAAGUUGUGUGUGGUUCUGGACCCCUUGAACCCUGCAGACACCUCUGGCGGGCAAACAGAGGACAAACUGUCUCUGUGCCUGAGCAACUUUGCCAUUGUGGCCAGCAACGACACCUCCAACUUUGCGGAUGUUGGGGCAGUGAAGGUGUUCAUGGUAUACUUUCUCCUCGUCUUGAACCUUCUGUCCUUGUUGCUGGCCUUGGUGCGGGGUGAUGCCACUCCUUUCAUUUGGCUGCCAGACGGCGUCCAGCAGUGGAGUCUUCCUGCGGUUUCCAGUAUCGAGGGCGAAGAACACGGCAAGCAGUCCAUGGUUGCGCUGAGCAAGUUGAGGGCUGAAGAUGAGAACCGCAACUUGUUCCAUGCGAGAGUCACGAACAUUUUCAACUCCGCAGUGGAAGAGAUGGGAAUCAGUUCGUUGCAUACUGGGUCUGGCGCAUGUGACAGCCUUCCGCGUCCGCAGCUAAGCAGCCAAGAAGUAUUGUUCUGCAGGUGUUUCCGCAGGAAACGAUGGCAGAAGCAAAGUGAGCUGAAGCCAAGUCAGAACUACUCAUCCGCGCAGGCACCGGAUGAAGAGCAACUUGCCAAGUAUGGUCAUUUGGGGGUCGAUGAGUACUAUCGAGCCCGUGUGCUGGGCGUGCUUGGGAAGAUGAGGAGUCAGGCGUUUUGGCUUGCCCUCCAGCUGGGCGUGCUUGAGAGUUUCAUGCUGCUCCUCGGGACUGCGGGUGUUCUUCUGUCCACUUUCAACCAGACUGAGCUCUCAAUGGUGUGCGUUUCUUUGGCAGCGAGUUUACAAUCCUUGGAGAGGUUCCAUGCCUUGAGCACGAGGUUGGAUGCUGCCAACACCGGCGAGCGCGACAUGAUCACUUCCUGGCAGUCCUGGAGCACCAUGGAACCUUUGCAACGCCGAUUUCAAUCUAAUGUCAACAGGUUAGUGCUGAUGACCGAAUCUGUCAACAUAGCAUUGACAAGCGCAGCCACAGCCGGGGUGCGGCAAUCGCUUGCCAAGUCCGAUUGA